UUCUGUUUGCGGGGACUGUGAAGUGUAUGCAUUCUUUCAGUCUCUCAUAGAAACGAAAUUACGGAGGUAAAAUUACUUGCAUAUCAUUACUAAAUAUUGAAUUAAUCCUGAAUCGGGCCUGCAUACGCAGAAGCCAGGAGCUGUCUUGACAAAAUUGCCUGUGCUACUGUCGCUCAGAGCCAGCCAGGAGAGUUGCUUUGGCGAAGGAUGGGAGAAUGGGACACUGCUGAAGUGAAGGGGGUGUGUUUGUGUAUCUUUUCGAAAGUAGGCGGGAAAUGCCCUUUCAAAAAUAAGCCCCAAUUUUGACAGCAACAUCACAGACGUCAUCACACUAUCGUAACAAACACAACAUUAUUGAUAAGGUUUGGGAGCUUGUUGGCGUCAGCAAUUGUAGCCCAAUGUUGAUUGUAAGACAUCCAGGGUAAUGUCAUCUUUUCAAUAUUCUACGUGACAAGAUAGGUUCUAGAUUAGUGAAAAGGAAAUGUAACCAGAAGUGGACAAAACUAAACAGUGCAUGGGCUUUCGUUCCGGAUGGUACAGGGAAAAUACUGGAAUCCCCCCCAGAGUCUGACUGUCCUCGCAGUUUGCAGAGUGGGUCAGCUAUGGCUUUCGAGGAGGUCAAGAAGAAGGGAGCUAUGGAUCUUUCUUGUCUAGACGUGUCAUUGAUAGAAGGAGAUAUUGGCUUGGUGGCAGGUCGUAGCCAGCGGGAGAAGAGGCGCUCAUAUAAAGACCUUCUACGAGAGGAAGAGGAAAUCGCUGCGCAGGUGCGCAAGUCCUCAAAGAAACGUCCUAAGGACUCAGAGCUGUUCCUGUUGGGUGGAGACUUGCACAAGAAGAAGAAAAAACAUAAAAGUGAUGACUACUAUUACAGAGAUCACCAUGGCUCAGGCCCUCCUCCCCAUAAGAAGAAGCGCAAGUCAUCGGAUCGCUCGCCGACCCUCUCCUCGCAGCACUCCUCCCACUCCACGGACACGGCCAUGGGCCUCCUCCAGGCCAUCACCUCUCCUCUGGCCACUGGCUCGGACCUCGGCCCCCAUCUGCACAAGAAGCCCUCCUACCCCGUUUCGUCCUCCCACUCCUCCUCCCACUCAGCCAAGGAGCGCAAGCGGGAGGGGGGCAGUGGCGGUGGUGGAGGCUCUGGCUCGUCCAAGUCAGGAGGACACUCCUACCCUCCUCACCAGCGCUCUGGUGGCGGCGCGUUGUCAUCGUCUUCCGCUGGGUCGUCCUCCAAGAAGCACUCGCACUCUUCGUUGUCCUCCUCCUCACGGUCAUCGCUGUUCCACGGCGGCAGCGGUGGUGGUGGAGGGAGAGGGGAGCCCCUGACGCUCAGGGAAGCGGAGGGUCUCAAAAUGAAGCUCAUCCUCUCGCCCAAAGAAAAGGACGCACCAGCGUCGGAGAGCUUCCCUCCCUUCCCCGGCACGCACUCGUCCUCGUCCACCACCCCCUCCUCAGGCCUCACGUCACCCUUGUCCUCCUCGUCUGUCAUGAAGAAGAGCAGUGGGAAGAAGGAGAAGGAGCGAGAGAGGGACAGGGGGUCGCAGCCUAAACCCAUCAAGAAAAAACUGCAGAACCUGGAGCCACUGCCUGUUGUGGGCAAGGAGGUGGAGGUAGAGGGGCAUUAUGGGAGCUCUCUAGGCUCACUUGGGGGAGACAGCUCCUCUUCAGGAGGCGAACUGGAGGCGGGAGAGCUGGUCAUCGACGACACAUACACCCACCUCUCCAAGAAAAAGAAGAAGAGCAAAAAGAGCAAGAAAAAGAAGGAGAAAGAGAAAGACAGGGAGAGGGAGAAAGACAAAAGCUCAAAAGAGAAGAAGCAUAGUAAAGGAAGCAGCAGUAGCAAGAAGGGCUACUCGGAUCCCUCUAGAAGCCACUCCCAUUCCCAUAGCGCAGCCAAUCACAGCACUUCAGGUGGGAUGUAUCCCAUAGCCACCCCAGUCCCCUCACAUCACCACACCAGCAGUGACAUAACGAGUGAAAAGAAGAAAAAGAAAGAGGAGAAAGAUCGGGACAAACAUGACAAAGACAAGCCCAAAAAGAAAAACGCGACUGCGUAUCAGGUAUUUUGUAAGGAAUACAGGGUCAACAUCAAUGCUGAGCAGCCUGGACUGGUGUUCGGCGAGCUGAGCAAAAAGCUUGCAGAGGUGUGGAAACAACUUCCGGAGAAGGACAAAUUGGUAUGGAAGCAGAAAGCUCAAUACUUGCAGCAUAAGCAGAACAAAGCUGAGGCCACCACUGUCAAACGCAAGAGUUCAGCUUCCGACGGUAGUAGAAGUAAAGGUUCCAGUAAGGGUCUAGCUGCAGGCUUGUCUCCUGGGAGAGCCUCCUUAGGAGCAUCACUGUCGCCGGCACGCGUCCCUGAGGUAGAUCCUAUCGACGCAGCAGCCCACCUGCAGCUCCUGGGCGAGUCGCUGUCCCUCAUUGGUCACCGGCUCCAGGAGACUGAGGGUAUGGUGGCAGUUUCCGGAAGCCUCUCUGUGCUGCUUGACUCCAUCUUGUGUGCCCUCGGCCCGCUCACCUGUCUAACAGCUCAGAUCCCGCAGCUCAACGGCUGUCCCCGCAAUGUCCUGUCAAAGACGCUGGACAACAUAGCUUACAUCAUGCCUGGACUAUGAGGAUCGUCCCUCCUUUUGACACGUAACAGGAAGGACGUCAGUCAAAGGACUCUUUGAAAAGACAUUAAAAGCAUCCUUGGAAUUUAAAGGGUGGAUUUGUAGUGUGCACCCACAAACUCAUGUUUUUAAUGCAUUUUUAAAAUUCUUAGUUAUUUUUUAUUAUUAUUUUUUAAGGAAAACAGGAAUUCUAUUUUAGAGAGCGCUUUUCAUUUUUAAGUCUGAAUUCAUUAGGUGUUACUGUUACUGUAUGCUUGUGUGACUGUGAGCACUUACGUCUCUGUGUGGGAAAUGCAUUGUUUGAUUGUUUAUGUACAUUUGUGUGUGUUUGAGUGUGGAUGUGGAUGUAUUUGUUACUGCCUCAUUUUCAAGCAUCCGUCUUGUCCAAAAAAUAAUAAUUUUUUACUCAAAUGUAACAGGUCAGGGUCCAACCUAGUUUUAUGCUUUUGUUAAUGUACCAUGAAGAUAAUAUAUAGCACUUUUUCAGCUGUAGUUUCUCAUUGUAUUUUGUAUGUGUAUGAUCCAAAAAAUCAUGCAAAAAUGAAAAAUAAGGAGAGAAAAAGCAUGGGUUUUCAAAAAAAAAAAAGUCCUGAAAGUGCAGUCAAGCACAUUGUGGUGAUUUCUAGUUUUACAGUAAAAACACAAAGUGUUAAAAACA